AUGACACCAGAAGGCAACGACAACAGCACAGGGGUUGGAAUUUCCUGUAAACCUUAUUUUUCUUGUGUUUUAUUGAGAAUAUUCCCCUACUUGAUAAGUGUUGUCAUAACAUGUGGAAACCUCCUCAUAAUCAUCUCUGUCAUUUACUUCAGACAGCUUCACACUCCUACUAACUAUCUCAUUCUCUCUCUGGCUGUGUCUGACUUAUUUGUUGGUGUUUUGGUCAUUCCACUCAGCAGGGAAUUCACUCACGAAUACUGCAUGACCUUUGGAAAUUUGAUUUGCAUUGUGCAACAGUGUAUUCGUGUAACACUAACCACAGCUUCAAUUUUAAAUUUAUGCUGUAUUUCUAUCGAUAGAUAUUAUGCAGUGUAUCAACCUCUGACAUACAGGGUCACUAUUAAUGAUCACAUUGUUGUGGUCAUGAUCUUGUUGAGCUGGGGUCUUUCAUUUCUACUGUCCAUUGGUUUUGUGGUUGCAGAAUUAAACUACGCAAAAUGUGGAGAAAAAUGUUACAUUGACACUUUCAUUGUGAAUAUUUCAGGACCCAUUUUUACCUUUUACAUUCCAAUGAGUGUAAUGAUCUGUUUUUAUGUCAAGAUUUUCUUUGUAGCACAGAAACAGGCACGCAGCAUCCAAAACACAACCUAUCACAGCAGGACCCCAGGGGAAACUGUCAGUAAGAUGGAGAGAAAGGCCACCAAAACUCUGGCUAUAGUUAUGGGUGCCUUCAUAAUCUGUUGUAGUCCUGUUUUUAUAUUUUUGAUGAUUUUUUAUAUCAACCAGGUGUCAGUGCCAUUUGUAGUAAUGGAUGUUAUUUCCUGGAUGGUAAUGUCAAAUUCAAUGGUCAACCCAUUUAUUUAUGCCUUCUUUUACAGCUGGUACAGGUCUGCCUUUAAAAUUAUUAUUUCUGGAAAAAUAUUUCAAGGUCAUCUUUCCAUCACCAGACUUAAAUAA